AGCGGGAGGGAACGAAGCAUCGAGCCGGCCCGUGAGCGAGUGAGCGCACGCAGUGGCUGUGGCCCCUGUCCCUCCAGGCUGCUGCCACCAAGGGGGAUGAGGAUGCAGCACCGAAGUUUCUUCCUUCUAGCCCUUCUUGCCCUCUUGGCGGUCACGACCGCGGUGGCCAAAAAGAAAGACAAGGUGAAGAAGGGCAGCGAGUGUUCGGAGUGGACCUGGGGGCCCUGCACCCCCAGCAGCAAGGACUGCGGCAUGGGUUUCCGCGAGGGUACCUGUGGGGCCCAGACCCAGCGCAUCCAUUGCAAGGUGCCCUGCAACUGGAAGAAGGAGUUUGGAGCCGACUGCAAAUACAAGUUUGAGAGCUGGGGGGCGUGUGAUGGGAGCACUGGCACCAAAGCCCGCCAAGGGACCCUGAAGAAGGCUCGGUACAAUGCCCAGUGCCAGGAGACCAUCCGCGUGACCAAGCCCUGCACCUCCAAGACCAAGUCAAAAGCCAAAGCCAAGAAAGGAAAAGGAAAGGACUGAGUCAGGAGGCCAGAGAGUCUCUGGCCUCGCCUGGGACCGGAACGGAGCCCUCUUCUCCCACGGGCCCAAGAUGUAACCCACCAGUGCCUUUUGUCUUCCUGUCAGCUUUGUCAAUCACACCCUUUUACUCCUGCCCCCUCUCGCCCACACCUAGUGCCCAAAGUGGGGAGGGACAAGGGAUUCUGGGAAGUGAGCCUCCCCAUAACCCCUUUUGUUUCCCCCACCCUGAUACCUGUUAUCGAGAAAUGAAUAAAAUGAACUCACUUUUUUCCAAUAAAA